CGUGAUUCGGGCUCGGAGAUUCACGUCUAAGUCUGACGCGUUCCGUCGUUUGCAUUGGAAUAAAAUAAUGUCAAGAACAAUCUACGGACCAAUCCGCGCUGGGAGAGCAUUUCGACGCUCGGAAACCAGCAAUUUUGUGGACUCGGACGCUGCUCCUGGUGAAAUCAUCAUCACUGAAGGCGAGGAUGGACUCACUCGGUUCAACUGGAUCAACCGUAAUACUCGAACCAACGAUCUCGAAUUAAUUAUAUUUCCAGCGGACGCGUCGUUUGUCGUUGUGCCACAGUCGGAAGGUGGGCGCACGCACGUCCUGAAGUUUAGUUCUUCGGAUCAGAGAUACUUCUUCUGGUUCCAAGAUUCUCAUACUGGAGCCUUUAAGAGUUACGCAAAAAACCUGAACGGUAUCCUCGAUGAUCCAAGCUAUGAAAUAGACCGGGUGGGAGAUGUAACUGGCCAGGAUGCCCCGUCUUCAUCCGAUGGUCCUGCCAUAUCGACCGACGCUCCAUCUACCGGUCCCUCUACUGGUGCAGGCGGCAGUCUUCCACUUGACCGCCUUGCAGAACUCCGAGCUCUCGUUUCCAAUCUCCCUAAUACCACCGAAGGGGCUAUCCCACUUGCACCUGAAAUGUCCUUGAUUGACAUCCUCACGCCCGCCAACCUUACACCACUAUUUAAUACCGCAUCCCCCGAGGUCCUAAACUCUAUAUUCCCAACACUUCCAUCCGAUAUGCCAUUCCCUCCAAGUGAGGAUGUUCUUCGUAGCGUGAUCGAGAGUCCGCCAUUUCAGGCCCAGGUCCGGGCCUUGGACAGAGCAUUGCAAACUGGUUUAGUUGGUAAUCUUGUCGUCGGUCUAGGAUUACCUGAGGAAGCUGGGCUGGGGAUACGCCCUUUUCUUAAAGCGAUUCAGGACCAAGCGAAGAAAAAUCAGGAAUCACAGGGCCUAGUGGAGACUCCAUGGAGACGGAUUGACAGCACCCAGCGAGGAUCAUGUUCUCCGUCCGUAGAAUAUAGAAGGUGGUCAUAAAUUUGAAAAACAGAAUAGGAUAAUUUACAUAAACCAGCACGUCAUACAUACCCAAGGUGUAGGAUAGGAUUGAAGGUCCCAGAAUAGCAACACUGACAAAGACGAUCAUCAUGAAUUGUCAACGCCAAAACGUUGUCUUUCUAUGAUCGAUUUUUGAGAACGAUCACGCAUCACCCGC